AGCGACUUGUGAGCGGUCAUGGCUGGCUUCGUCGCAUUGUAUAUUUCUCCUUGAACAUGAUUCUAGACACAUUGCGACUUUGUGUAGCGCAACAGGUUUAUCUUUAAUACCAUGGUGAAGGCCCUUGAGAGCGAGAAGGCCCUGCGCUACCUGCAGCAAUUGGACGAGGCACGAUGUGCUGGGCGCUGGACGGAUGUCCCGGAGCUCUGUAGGAAAGUCGAGAAGCAUGCGCCGCAUCGACAAUGCCUCACGCUCACAGCGCGCUCCGAAGCACAGGUUGCUGCAUACAGCACCCAGCGGCCCUCGACCGCCAGCUCGACCGCGUCCUCUGGGUUGGGACAGAUUAUACCCUCCCUGCUCACUGCAAUCGACAAUGAGAGCGAAGCAGGACAGGAGGCGUUUCAAGCCAUUGUCUGCCUCGGAUGGCUGCACUACGUCCUGGACGAGCCUGGAUUGGCUAUCGCACGAUUGCCAAAGGAUCUGGGGGCAGUUGCGACCCAGAUAGAAGAAGCAGCGCCGUUAAGCGCGUGGUCCAAGGCCUGUCUUGUGAAGGCUACAUAUCUAAAAGGCUCCGCUCUAGAAAAGACAGGUGCCAUCCAUGAUGCAGUGACGGCCUAUGCCUCGAUAAUUCCCUGGCUCGCAGCCACCACCUCCCCGGGCGCAGAAACACUACAGUUCAACAUGUGGAGCGAGCAAGUGCUCGUUCGCCUGUGUCAGCUAUCCGACCAGUCAUCCACCACCAGCGAAUACGUCGACUCCUCCUCCGCCCUACGCACGUACCGUUACUGGGCAAGAUUCUGGGAAGCCACAGCCAGGAGUGGUGCAUCUGAUGCGGCCAACGCAGCGCGGUACCGCCGCCUCGCUUGGAGAGCAUACUACGAUACAUUGUCUACCAUUCUUCGACACAACCUUCCAUACGAGCCCGAGUCGACUACGCCCGCAUCCCAAGAAAAGGGUUCUUUACACAGUCUGUCUAGCAUACGCUUACGACAGCGAAUAGAGCUGAAGCGAGUCGAGACAGUCUAUGAGAACUUACUGAUCAAAGAGACUCAAUUUCCAAAAGCAAGCGAAACAAAUCGUGAGAUUGAAGCAUGGGUGACUUCUGUCGUGGACAACUGGCGUCUCCUUUGCGGCCCGACAUGGAGCGGCGACGAUCUUGGCGAGGGCGGAAAGGAGGGCAUCGCACGAAGUGUGCUUGACAUACUCUAUCGAGCAGCAACGAAGACUUUUCACUCCACUCAGAUUCUGCGCCACCUGUUCAUUCUUCAUGCAUCACUAGCCGAAUUUGAAUUGGCGUUCAAAGCCUACGAAUCCUACGUAGAGAUCAUCACACGGGGAAAGGACAGAGCUGAAAAAACGGGCGAAGCAGACUCUGGCAUUGAUGAUGAUAGCACAGUAUUGAGGACAUCCGCAGAAGCCAUCAGACUACUUUGCCGUUUUGGAUCCAGAAUAGAGGCGGAGAAGGCUCUAGAGAUCGGUCACACCAUCGAGAAAUGGUUAGAACAAUCAGAUCAUCUCAGAUCAGCAUCUGAUGCGGGAUCCGUGGCCUCGACGGAGACGCAGGUUGAAUCUACAGCGUUAGCCGUAGCCUACUGUUCCAUAGGCAUCAGCCAGGCACAUUGGGCACGCCUAACCUACGAAGUGGAAGCACGAGCCGGGAUCCAGGCCAAGGCCGUCCAAUACUUGCGCAAAUCCCUUGCUCCAAGCCUCGGUGAUUCAAAUAAUGUUGAAGCCCUUUAUGCAUUAGCACUGGUACUGGCCGAGACGCGAGACAUCCCGGGGGCGAUCAAAGUCGUGAAGCGCGCGCUGUCUCCUGCUACGCGGAACAAGAGCACCAUCAGCACUGAUGGCGUGCUAUCAGGUGGAUUUGCUGCCGAGUAUGGCCGAGAGCGCAAACUGAUCCCCCUGUGGCAUCUUCUCGCCUUACUCUUGACGUCAAGGUCAGAGUUCACUGCAGCUGAAAAGGCAUGUGAAGCAGCUUUUGAGCAGUUCGGCGACCCGACCAUACUGUUUGGUACGGACGAUGAAAAUGCCUACCGCAGCGAACAUCUCAACCAAGCCAGAGGUCAGAACGCGCCGAGCGAUGGUAUUGUUGAUCGUAUGGGAGCAUUCGAAAAGAGCAGUAUACUACAAAUAAAGAUGACACAGCUAGCUCUGCUCGAGGUAACAGAUGGCGCUACAGCUGCUGUAGAUGGCUGUGAUGAGCUUCUCGCCCUAUACCGCAGGCUUUUCGGCGAUCCUACCGCAGAUAAAUCUAAGUUAGAGACGCCAACCGCUGCAUUAUCACCUCCAAAGAGCGCUGUAGGUACGAUUCGAGGAAGUAUUUUCCGCGGACGAGGGUCAGUCAGAACAACAGACAAGGACACAACUACCAGGAAUCCCUCAAUCCUCGGUUCCAAAGCUACAAGUGUUGUUGGCCAAUCUGGUGCGCCUCCUGCCAUUCAAGUCACCGAGGAGAAUAGCGCGGUUGACGCCAAUGGUCAUCAGCGUCACCAUUUAUUCCAUCACCACAAGAACGAGGACAACAAAGCAAGCAUUGGGCUAAGUCCUAGCAAGCUUCAAAAACGAAGCUCCGCUAGCCUCCGCAGAGCAUCGAUAACGGAAGCUGACGAAGCUCCCGAGGUGCCUCCGCUUCCAGAGAACGUCGGAAAGAAUUCGCCAGCACGAGGUACUACCCCACAUUCACGACAUCGCUCUAAUUCAGGCACUCCACGAAAAUCUAUCGAAAGCGGCGAUAGGUCCCUAGGUCCCAUCGCACACAACUUAUCCCAUACGUCACCUCCGGUAGGACCCACAAACCAGCCGCUGAAGCAGGACGUUCGACUACCUACCUCCGUUCCACAUUUGGACUUCAUCCCUCCAGACCCACAUUUCUCCAAGUUACAAGAGCGCCGACAGAAGGUUUCGCUCCUUGGCAGCAUUUGGAUCUUUACUGCUGGCCUAUAUACGCGAGCGCAGAUGUUCGAAGACGCAAAGGAAGCGCUUACCGAAGCGCUAAAGUUAGUAGAGACUUUCGAGGCUGAGGCGUCGCUGGAGUCUUCGACAGCUAAGGCUCUUGGAGAUAAGGGAUGGGGUGGCGGAAAGAGUGUCGAAGAGCUAUGGGCUGAUGUCUUUGCUAUGCGCGGAGAGCUUUUAGUAGCCCAAUCUUACAAGCAUCUAGCACGAGCAGACUUCGAGCGUGCUCUCCUACAUUUUCCAGACCACCCUGAGGGCAUUGUGGGCCUGUCGAAUAUCUUGUUGGAUAUUUACAGCGAAGUAAUACCCCUAGAACUUACGGAGCCAACAGAUAUCACAACGCCUUCAUUGCAGCCUUCCGCACCGUCUGCUCAGAAAGAUACAUCCACCUCAAAGACCCAGUAUCUAACAUCCCACACUCCAUCUGCUGAGAACCAACUCUCACCACCGGUACUAAACCGUCUCGCAGCACGCGAUCGUGCGUUCGGGCUGCUAUCAACAUUGACCAAGCUAGGCGCUGGGUGGGAUUACUCAGAGGCGUGGUACGCUUUGGCGAGAGCGUAUGAGGAGAGCGGACAGAUUGACAAGACAAAGGAAGUGCUAUGGUGGUGUGUAGAGCUCGAAGACACGCAUCCUAUACGGAGCUGGAAGGAUGUUACUGUGGGUGGGUUUGUGCUAUGAUAUAUUGAACGCUUCCAAAAGAGGAGUAAGACAAUAUUUGGCGGAUCCGAUCGAUACCCAUAGCUAGCGCGCCUGAACAUUAUACCGGUAGCCUUGGGUAAGUAAAUGUCUGUAUAGCUGAAUGUAGAAGCGCGAGUUCCAAAAUUGUUGAGUCACUGCGUUUGCUCUUUGCGGUUAUCUUGUCCCUUGCAACUUUCGGGCCACGGCUCUAUAUGCUCCAUCACCUACUUUGGGUUUAGAUUACGUUGGAAGAGAUGAAGGACAAAAUGAAGCAACAUUAUGGCCGGCAUCUGAAGAGUUGAAAGGAAAGUAUCAGACUUGAGAGCCCUGAUUUCUACUCUGCUUUUAAUUGUCAAAAAGGUCGUUAAGUGUACUUCGUUACUAGCUCUAAAAUGAAUUGCG